CAAAGUGUGCUCGUUUUCUUGUAGUGAUGGUCCUUUUAUUGUGAACUUUUCUGCUUGGAUGUGAUUUAUGGACUAAUAAUUCAAAAUGAUUCGGAAUUUAAGUUUUAUUGUGAUUUUAGUGAUUGGUUUUGUACACAGUGCUCCGUCGCUGCUGCCAGUGAGUGAAGUUGAGGGAGAUGACUUAUUGUGUAACAUUUGUCAUUUAAUGGUGGGAGAUCUGAAAUCUCUAAUAGGAGAGAAUGCAACAGAGUCACAAGUUGAAGAUAAAUUGGAUGAUAUCUGUAACCGGCUCGCAGCAGACAGGGAGACAUGUGUGUCUAUGGUUCACCAGUACCUCCCCCCACUGUUCGCCAAAAUCUCUGGAGGGAUUGAUCCAGAGUCUGCGUGUGUGGAGCUGAAGGUGUGCUCCACGUCGGACACCAGUAAUGGCACUCCAGUAAUGUUGGACAUUAACCACGUGAUCAGUAACGAUAUCCCAUUGGAGCCCGAGACAGAAUCCUUGACAGAGAAUGAAGUAGAUAACGUCAUCCCACAGUAUCCUCACCCGUACAGUGGCCGGAAGGGAAAGCCUGUGAAUAUCAAACAGAAGCUCGACAGCAAUGAAACAUGCCAGAUAUGUGAAUUCCUUAUCCAAGUCUUGGACGCUUCCAUAGCAACCAACCAAACCGAGGCUGCCAUCAAUAAGACCAUCCUACAAAUCUGUGCGGCUCUUCCUGCUGAGCUGUCUUCUUUUUGUAAGUCCAUUACUCCUGCCUUGAUCAACAUUUUGGACAAAGGUAUCGAUCCCGAGAAGGGUUGCGUCACUCUAAGACUCUGCCAAUCAACUGUCGGAAUAGUUAAUAUGAAAAGCAUGACCUGUGACAUGUGCCGGUCUUCCAUGAAGGAGGCGUUUGGAAAGGCUGGUGAGAAGGCAUGUUUUGAGAUCCGAGGUAUGUGUAAGUCUAAGAAAGCUGGAUCUAAUGCGCACAGAGUACCUGUGAUCUAUGAAGGAAUGGAGGAGGUUUCGGAAGGAAAGAUGGCCACCAUUCCUAACGAGGAAGACGAGCAUGUUGAGGCCAAUCCGCUGGAAUGUGAGCUGUGUAAAGUACUCGUGUAUGAACUGAACAAGGUUCUUAUAACCAACCAGACGGAUGAAGACAUCAAUGCCACAGUGUAUAAGAUAUGUGAUGAGGCACCAGACGCCCUGCACGGCAUCUGUUUUACCUACGCUCCACAAAUUGUCAACUUACUGGAGAAUGGUUUUGAUAGCGCGAUCAUCUGCAAAUUAGUCCGAGCUUGUAGUGCCGCAGUUUCAGUCCAGGAGGAAGAGGAACCUGAACAAAUUGAGGCCAAUCCACUGGAGUGUGAACUGUGUAAGAUGUUGGUAGAUGAACUAGACCAGGUCCUCGCCAACAAUAGGUCCGAAGCGGUCAUCAACAGCACCAUCUACCAGCUGUGUGGGGAGGUACCAGGGGCCAUGAAAAACUACUGUAUGACAUAUGCUCCAAGGAUCGUUCAGCUACUGGAGACUGGCUUUGACCCCUCAGCUGUCUGCACGCAACUGCGAGCUUGUAGUGCCGCAGUUUCAGUCCAGGAGGAAGAGGAACCUGAACAAAUUGAGGCCAAUCCACUGGAGUGUGAACUGUGUAAGAUGUUGGUAGAUGAACUAGACCAGGUCCUCGCCAACAAUAGGUCCGAAGCGGUUAUCAACAGCACCAUCUACCAGCUGUGUGGGGAGGUACCAGGGGCCAUGAAAAACUACUGUAUGACAUAUGCUCCAAGGAUCGUUCAGCUACUGGAGACUGGCUUUGACCCCUCAGCUGUCUGCACGCAACUGCGAGCUUGUAGUGCCGCAGUUUCAGUCCAGGGGGAAGAGGAACCUGAACAAAUUGAGGCCAAUCCACUGGAGUGUGAACUGUGUAAGAUGUUGGUAGAUGAACUAGACCAGGUCCUCGCCAACAAUAGGUCCGAAGCGGUCAUCAACAGCACCAUCUACCAGCUGUGUGGGGAGGUACCAGGGGCCAUGAAAAACUACUGUAUGACAUAUGCUCCACGGAUCGUUCAGCUACUGGAGACUGGCUUUGACCCCUCAGCUGUCUGCACGCAGCUGCGAGCUUGCAGUGGAGCAGUCAAUGCCCCUGUUGAGGAAGAGGGUGUGGAACCUGCUGUAACCAACGAGAAGGAGGAGAAAGAAGGUUUGGAGGACAUUAUAAAGGAUCUACUUCCAAAUGAAGUCACUAAUCUAGAGGAUGCCAAGUGUGACAUCUGUAAGGCUAUCAUCGCGAUUAUAGACAGAUAUUUGGAUAGUAACCAGACCAAGGAUGCCAUCAACGACACAGUGUACGGAUUGUGUUCAAAUCUGCCCGGAGAUUUCCAACAAUUGUGUGACAAUGUUGCACCCCAAGUGGUAUUAGCAGUUGAAUCAGGGCUUGAUCCUUCUAGUGCAUGUACCUUCGUCAAACUCUGUACUGGAGACAGCUUUGAAGUUUUGAGUGAAGAAAUUGAAGACAAGGUCAAAGAUGUGUCAGAGGAUCUAGAAGACGGGGAUACUAAAUGUGAGCUGUGUAAGUUGGUAAUUAACCUGGUGGAUCAGUAUAUCGGCCGUAACACCUCUGAGGAGGGACUCAACGAUACCGUGUAUAAAUUGUGUGGGCUGCUUCCAGGGGACGUCAAGUCAACAUGUGACUUCCUCGCACCUGACCUCGUAAAGGCAAUGGACAGCGGAUUCGAUCCAACAAGGGCGUGCAGUGUCAUCAAUUUCUGUGCUAAUGUGACCAUGGUAGAAAUGUAUGACGAGGAAACAGAACAAGAAGAACCGGAAGAAGAAAUGCCACAACAGAGAAUGCCACCGCUGACGGGCUACGAGGGAAUCAGGGCGGAGAUAGAAAAAACUAUCAUGAAGAAUGUCGAAGGUUUUGGGGAUGACAAGUGUGAUAUUUGUCAGUUCGUUAUCACACUCUUCGACAAGUACAUGGAAAAAAACACGUCCCAAGUCGCUAUCAACAAUACUGUAUAUGAACUUUGUGGAUUCCUACCAGGAGAUAUUAAAACUACGUGUAACCUUUUCGCGCCACAGCUGGUAAAGGCAAUGGACAGUGGGUUUGAUCCUGAGAGAGGAUGCGAGGCUGUCAGGCUAUGUACAAAUGGUACAAGUUUAGUCAUAAUGGAACCUGGACUGGCAAUCGUGGAUCCAAUUGUUGAGCCCGUAAUUCAGGAGGAAGAGCCAAUGGAAGACGUAGAAGCAAUUAUUGAAGAGGCUGAGCCAAGAAGUGAAGAAGCUGAGCCAAUUGAGGAUAUAGAGGAGGAACCAGAAGUAGAAGAAGAAGAACCAAGAGGUGAAGAGGUAGAUGAGGAGCCGAGAAGUGAGGAGGUAGAGGAGGAGCCAAGAAGUGAGGAGAUAGAGGAGGAGCAAAGAGUUGAAGAAGAAGAGCCGAGAGGUGAGGAGACAGAGCAAAGAUAUGAGGAGGUAGAGCCGAGAGGUGAGGAGACAGAGCAAAGAUAUGAGGAGGUAGAGCCGAGAGGUGAGGAGACAGAGCUAAGAUAUGAGGAGGUAGAGCCGAGAGGUGAGGAGGUGGAAGCGAUAGGCGAGGACGUUGAACCAAUUGUUGGGGAGGAGACCAGAGAGACAGGAAUACUUCCCGAGGAGGAGCAAACCCUUCAGCUGGAGGAAGAGAGAAGACCUGUAGAGUUUAAGGAAAAUUACAAUAUCGAGGAACCAGAAAAUGUGAAUGCUGAUGCUCGCUGUGAACUUUGUGAACUGAUGAUCGGUAUACUGGACCGUUAUAUAAAUAUGAACUCCACACAUGAGAAACUUAACCAAACAGUGUUUAGCCUCUGUACUGUCCUGCCGGCACAACUGAAGAGCACUUGUCUUUUAAUCGCGCCCAAACUCACUAACACAAUAGAAGCAGGAUUAGAUCCAGAAACAACAUGUACAGUAGCCAACUUCUGUGUGAAUGGCACUGAGAUCGAGUUCCCAGUCCAUGUACCGGGCCUAACUUGUGAAGCCUGUCACAGUAUUGUAGAACUAGUCAACACUGAAAGAUAUGAUUUGGAGAGUGCUGACAUCAUUUGUGCUUCGACGUGCUCUCGCAGACAUCGACGAUCAGUGUCCGAAUCGUCAUCCCCCUCCCGUGUACAGGAAAGGACCUCCGUUGUAAGGAAGGAGGUGUUACGAGGAGACCCAGUAUGGGCCUGUGAUGUUUGUGAAUUCAUCGUAAAAGCAGUGAAUGUGUAUUUGACUGACAACAAGACGAUGGAGGAGGUCACAGAUCACCUGAUGACUCUGUGUAGCUACUUUCCAGACCCUUACGCUCAAACGUGCAAGAAUUCGGUAACCGUGGUCGUGGAGGAGUUUGACAGCGGCAUCGAUGUGACGGAAUUGUGUAAUAUUGAUAACGGAAACAAAUGUGGAAAAGCUUCCCAGGACAUAGAGCUGUUAUUUGAUACUCUGGGUAAACCCGAGGAUUGGGAGUGUAAUAUAUGUAAGCACGCACUAUCCACCAUGAACGGACUGUUGGACCAAGAUUAUGAGCAAAUCAAAAUGUACAUGGGCGGUGUCUGUGAGAGGCUGUCUGUUCCACACAACCAACAGUGCCAUGUAUUCAUCCAGAUGCAAAGCGAGCAGGUGUUCAACAGGAUCAUUGAAAAACUUCUCAGUCCUACCCAGGUUUGUCAGCUGGCCGGAGUUUGCUCGGUUAAACCACAGAUCCACCCUGGCAUGUCUAAGACUAAUCCCAACUCGACUACUCGCUAGAUUUAUCAUCCAGAGUGUGCACCAACAUCUUCUAUAUCACAAAAACAUAUCACAAGCUGAGACGCCAUGUCGUGAAGGCCUCACAAACACAACAGGAAUAUCGAGAAUUAGAUAACUGAUUGAUAGAUGAUGAGGAUAGCUGACAACAGGAAUAUCGAGAAUUAGAUAACUGGUUGAUAGCUUAUGAGAAUAUCUGACAACUAUAGCUAUAGAUUUGAUUCAAGACACAAUUACAUACAUAUUAAUAAAUGACUGUCAUGAAAUAAUCAUGUCACUUGUACUAAUGCAAAGAACUUGACAACCGAAAUCUAAAUAUUCUGACUCGCAGCACCUGUUCUGCCGAGUUCCUUACGUGAGGUGCCAAUUAUUUAUCACCUCACUAUUGAUGUCUAUUUACGAGUUAUAUAAUGGAUGAUAAAUAGUUGGCUGUAUGAUAACCUAGUAUACCUAUAUUUGUACCAGUACUGAUUUUUAUAUUUAAAACCGAUUUUCAAAAUCAUAAAUGUGAUCUUUGUGUCAAUUUCUUAUGUUGUUAGCUUGAUUAUCAGUACAUGUUUCGAAUUACAUUAAAUAUGAAUUAGUUUCCUGUUAGUAUAUACCAUUAUAAACUUUAGUGUAAAAAGAUACAUGUCAGUACCUCAAUAAGGACUGACAAUUCAGUGCCAGUUAUGAGAUUUUGAAACAAACAUAUCGUUAUACACUAUCAAUACAUUUCAACAUUCACAGUAACUUAUGAUUAUUUUGUGAUCAUUCUGCAAAAUUAUGUUGUUUUUCCAUUAAAAAUGAAUUCAUAAUGAA